AUGGUGCGUCUGGCGGCCGAGCUGUUGCUGCUGCUGGGGCUGCUGCUGCUCACGCUGCACAUCACAGUGCUGCGCGGUUCGGGAGCCGCUGACGGGCCGGACGCGGCCGCGGGCAACGCCAGCCGGACGCAGCUGCAGAAUAACCUCCACGUGGAAACUGACUCUACAUCAGAAACCAGCUUUUCUCUCUCCAAAGAAGCACCAGGGGAGCAUCUGGACCACCAGGCUGCACACCAACCCUUCCCCAGACAGCGAUUCCGGCAAGACGCUGGGCACCCUUCCCUACAAAGAGAUGGCCCCAGAUCCUUUCUCCUUGAUCUACCAAACUUUCCAGAUCUUUCCAAAGCUGAUAUAAAUGGGCAGAAUCCAAAUAUCCAGGUCACCAUAGAGGUGGUGGAUGGUCCUGACUCUGAAGCAGAUAAAGAUCAGCAUCCAGAGAAUAAGCCCAGCUGGUCAGUCCCGUCCCCUGACUGGAGGGCCUGGUGGCAGAGGUCCUUGUCCCUGACGAGGGCCAACAGCGGGGACCAAGACUAUAAGUACGACAGUACCUCAGACGACAGCAACUUCCUCAACCCCCCCAGGGGGUGGGACCGUCCAGCCCCAGGCCACCGGACUUUUGAAACCAAAGACCAGCCAGAAUAUGAUUCCACAGAUGGUGAGGGCGACUGGAGUCUCUGGUCUGUCUGCAGUGUCACCUGUGGGAAUGGCAACCAGAAACGGACUAGGUCUUGUGGCUACGCAUGUACCGCAACAGAAUCUAGGACAUGUGAUCGUCCAAACUGCCCAGGAAUCGAAGACACCUUCAGGACAGCUGCCACCGAAGUGAGUCUGCUUGCAGGAAGCGAGGAGUUUAACGCCACCAAGCUGUUUGAAGUUGACACGGACAGCUGCGAGCGAUGGAUGAGCUGCAAAAGUGAGUUCUUAAAGAAGUACAUGCACAAGGUGAUCAAUGACCUGCCCAGCUGCCCCUGCUCCUACCCCACAGAGGUGGCCUACAGCACGGCGGACAUCUUUGACCGCAUUAAGCGCAAGGACUUCCGCUGGAAGGACGCCAGUGGGCCCAAAGAGAAGCUAGAGAUCUACAAGCCCACGGCCCGGUACUGCAUUCGCUCCAUGCUGUCCUUGGAGAGCACCACGCUGGCCGCCCAGCACUGUUGCUAUGGCGACAACAUGCAGCUCAUCACCAGGGGCAAAGGGGCUGGGACGCCCAACCUUAUCAGCACUGAGUUCUCAGCUGAGCUCCACUACAAGGUGGACAUCUUGCCCUGGAUCAUCUGCAAGGGUGACUGGAGCAGAUACAACGAGGCCCGGCCUCCCAACAAUGGACAGAAGUGCACAGAGAGCCCCUCGGAUGAAGAUUACAUUAAGCAGUUCCAAGAGGCCAGGGAGUAUUAA